AGGAGGAGACAUGCACCGGGAUCCUACGUAUCACACUUUCUUAAUACUGAAGGGAUUUGAGAGACGGAUGGACGAUGCAGCGCAGCCACACAGAGGAACAGCGGAGUUACAGCUGAGCUCGUGUAGCUGUGAUAGAUAUGCUAGAUAUAGAUAUGAUAGAUAUGAUGUCCUCCAGUGUGUAGAAGGCUGCCAUCACCUCACAGAGGGUCCAUGAGGGACAUUGAUCACAGGCUCCUGCAACUUUGAAUUAGCAGCUUUUUUAUUUCAGAUCUUUAGGAAGAGGGCAGAUUGCUUCCAUGCACACACAUUGUGGGUGCUGUGAUACCGUCAGCUGUGCAUCUGUGAUGUAGUGAGAAGAUUUUUUUAUUUUUAUUAAUCGCUGUGGAGGACCGACUGUUAGGAGCAGUUAUCACCAAGAAGAGACGAUUAGAAUGGGCGAUGGAAUGUGCUUCAGCUCUGCAAUGAGACGUCUGUGGGUCUUUGUCCUGCUUGUGAGCAUCACCUGCCGUCUGAGCCUCUCCCAGGAUGCAACUGGAACUCCCAAAGAGGCCGAACUAAAUGACAACAUCACCAUCUUCACGCGCAUCCUGGACGGCCUGUUGGACGGGUACGACAACAGACUGCGCCCUGGACUGGGAGAGAAGGUGACGGAGAUCAAAACCAACAUCUUUGUCACGAGCUUCGGUCCGGUCUCUGACACUGAAAUGGAAUACACAAUUGACGUGUUCUUCCGUCAGAGCUGGAAAGAUGAAAGACUUUGCUUCAAAGGCCCGAUGGAGAUGCUUCCUCUGAAUAAUCUCCUGGCCAGUAACAUCUGGACUCCGGACACCUUCUUCCUCAACGGGAAGAAAUCCAUCGCUCACAACAUGACGACACCGAACAAGCUGCUGCGGCUGAAAGACGACGGGACGCUGCUCUACACCAUGAGACUGACGAUCUCAGCAGAGUGUCCCAUGCAGCUGGAGGACUUCCCCAUGGACGCCCACGCUUGUCCCCUCAAAUUUGGAAGCUGUGAGUAAACGCGUCCUUCGAGCAGAUGACAUAAAUACGGCUUUAAAUGAGGCGGGAAGAGAGGAAAUGUUCACGAGGAUACGUCCACACUGAUACCUUCUUAUUUUAAAAACAACAAUGUCCAAACAAGAGUUUCAAUAAACUCUGUCUGUACUAACACACCUGGAAACUAAUAUCACAUGACUGACAGCCCGUGUCCCUCAGGAGCAAAGCUUUAAUGUUGUGGCGGCGGUGCAGGAAAUAAGACCGACACACGGCUCCUGAUUAAACCAUUACUCAUCAUGUCAGAGCUGCUCUCCUGCCUCGGCUGCAUUUAAUAGGAAAUAUAUGACCCCCCCUACACACACGCACACACACACACCAAACCUACAUCUACCACCAAGGUAACCUGUAAACAUCUCACACCUUGCUCAUGCACAGUUAAACCAGACGUGUGUCCAGGCUUCCUAAGCUAGUUGAAGGCCUCACAUCGCCUCGGCGCUACAUGGAUAUCUGGGGAUCUCCUGUCGUGUCGGUUUAAGAUUAACAUUUGAGAUCUUUCCCCGCCCGCUGAUGUAAGGAGAGUAAUCUCACCGUGUGCUGUCGUUAAGCCCCUCCCACGCCCGCUGCGGUCACCUCAACCCCCCAGCUGAGACCAGGCCGGGGAUAAUCAGAGAACCUACUGAGCCCACGUUGGCCCGUCUGCCUUCUGAUGUAGAUUAACUAAUCAAAACUGGCUUGAUUUAAUUAAACAAGGUUUAAAUACAGGUUUAAAUACCUGCCGUGCUGGAGGUUCACACCUGCCACGUUUAGUCUGGUUGAACUGGACUCAAACUGCUGUCUCUGUGGUGUGAACACCAAUCAAAUCACUCACAGGAAGCAAACCAGUUAUGUGUCUCUUCAUUGGUGAAAAUAAACUAUUUGCUUUUGCUGUUUUAGUGACUGAACCACUAUGGUUCUUCAUAAAAACACAUCAUUCAAAUAAU